GUUAAGCAAAAAGAAAAUAUACAAUUGUUAAUUUAAUUUGCAGUAGAAUAAUUAAAUAAUGACAAAACUAUUGCAACGUGUAGAAAUUACAUUACGCAGCUUCUACAUUUUCAACUCGAGCUUUGGCCAAAGGGAAGGGGAGGAGCACAAGAAGAUUUUGUAUUACUAUCCCAAUGAUAUAGAACUGAACACAAAAAUCAAGGAUGUUGGAUUGAGUGAAGCCAUUAUAGCAUUUACAGGAACCUUCACCACCGAUCAUGAUUGUAAAGCCCUGCACACCCAGAAGACCACCCAGCUCUUUUAUCAACCCGAACCGGGUUAUUGGCUAGUCAUUGUCCUUAAUGUUCCCAAAGAGAUUAGGCUCAAGGAUGGCGUUGAGGUGGCUGAUUAUCGUGGCGGUGAAGUCUCCGAUCGCAUUUUCAGAGCUGUGCUCAGGCAAUGUUAUAAUUUCUAUCGCUUCCAAUAUGGAGAAUUCAGCAAUAAGUUGACGGCCACGAAUGUAGAGCAAUUGGAGUCACAGCGUCAGGCAUUGCAGGAGCAACUCCUCCAAUUCUAUGACAAAUAUUUGAUCAAGGUUAAAGAACUAUCAGGCAAUUGUGAUAUAAUGGAUAUGCUGCACUCUAUCCAGUAUUUGGCACUAGAUAAAAGUCUAUUCCUGCGUGCCCAAAACUUUAGCAUGUUGUGCGCCACCUUUCCAGCUAUUAAAGAGUGCAUUAUGCUCUACAAUCACCAGGUUGUGUGUGGGGGCAAGCUUAGCGCUGGGGAUUUAUAUAGUCUGCAUGCCUACAUUGUGGAAAAUGUAUUGUCCAAAGAGACAUCCUCUGCAACCAAUGAAGGAGAAGGUCGAUUUGUGAGCAGUGUACAAGAUGAGGUUACGCUGGUCGAUGCCAAUUUGCCGCCACCCCCUGUGCGUGUUCAUCUGUCCUUGGGUUCUCACCAUUUGCUCAUCUACCGGGCGUUAAAUGUUACGCUCUGCUUAUUCUUAGAUGCUUCAGCUGCUGAUCAAGCCGUACCCAAACCGGACUUCUACGAGGAAUUGCACGCCUAUAUGGGUCCCCAGCUUAUUUGCUUGGCCCGCGAUAUAGCGAACGAAAUUUGCAAGGAAAGCAUUAUAUCAUCAAUACUUGGAGGUGGAAUAGAAAAUGCUUCUGCUACGGCCGAUUCUUCGGCACCGAAAUAUCUCUUCAUUAAUGAGCAAAGCUUGCAGCAUCAUACGAAUAUAUAUAGACAUAGCAAAUCGCUUCCCAACAAUGUGAUGAGUAUCAUUGCGGAUCUAGCAAAUCCCAGUGAGAGUUGGACUAAUGCAGCAGCUGUCGCUGCCACUGAGGAGCUGCAAGUGAAAACCACUAAUGACUAUUGGAUUGUCAAGCGACGCUGCAACUGGCGGCAAUAUUAUGUGAUUCUAUGCAAUAGUAAGGCCACUCUUUUGGAUGUAACGCAGGAGGCAAAACGUAUAUUUGAACUGGAAUUCAGAGAUGAUGUAUUCUUUGACAAAUAAACAGGAGUAUGAGAUAAA